AUGUCAGAACCGUUCGAGAUCGUUGCUGGCGCCUUGGGCGUUGCCGGCCUCUUCAAUAACUGCGUUGCCUGUUUUGAGUACGUCCAGCUGGGUCGCCAUUUUGGGCGCGACUACGAGAGAUGCCAGCUCCGACUAGACAUUGCGAAAGCCCGAUUGAGCCGAUGGGGCGAGGCGGUCAAGAUCAACGACGACCCACGUUUCCACUCCAGCGCGCCAAUCGAUAAGUCGGUGCAAUUAGCGCAAUCGAUCGUCGAGGAAAUCUUGCUUCUCUUCGAGUCCGCCCAGAAGAAGUCGAAGCGAUACGAGCUCGUUGCGGACCAGCAGGAUCGGGUGGUGUUCGAGGAUAAGGAUAUGAAGCCGAUCGGACGAGCGCUGCAUCGUCGGCUGAAAGAUCUCGUUUCUCGGAGACAGAAACAGACGAGCCUAGCGAAAAAGACGGCAUGGGCAUUGUACGACGGGAAAAGCCUCGAGAAAAUAGUCGACCAGGUCGCUGGCUUUGUCGAUGAGCUGGAGAAGGCCUUCCCUAUUGAGGCCGUAUGUCACAAGUUGGCGGAGAUCGAGAUUGAAGAGGUGGAGGACGAGGCGAGCCUAACAAUACUCAAGGAUGCGGCGGAGGGAAUCGACGCAGCUAUGUCUGAUGCGGCUGCGCAGAAGAUCGACGCGAUUGUGGGAAGGAAUUCCGCCAAGGAUAUCAUAACAGAGGAACGUGCAAGGGUCCAGCUCGGCAAUGUUGUCACUGCGGCAGCCCUACAUGGUGAGAUCCGUAUCAGCGACCUGACAACCAACUCGGUAGAGACGGUUGUGGGGAAGGGCGAGUCUAGGGUCCUUAUUGGAAAUGAGUACGGAGGUAAGGGGUUCUGGGAUAAUUAA